AUGGAAGAAAAAUUAAAUCUCCAUCGACAGCCUAAACAUCAAAAAUUUUCACUCUGGCAUCAAGUUAAAAGGGAAACAAAUAUUAGGCAAACAAAUCAUAAAUUUGCUACACAGUCGUCGACUGUUAGUUGGACAACUCAUGAAUUAGGAAAUCUAUCGAUUCCUGGAAAAUUCACAUGGAAAACCCCAAAUAAUUUAUGA